ACGUGGCUGCUUUUGAUUGGUGGAACGGGCUGCUCGCUCCGCUCAGGCUCCUACUGGGAGGAAGGCUGGGCAAGAGGUUGCAAUGUCUCACAGUAUCUGUUUUGGGUCCAUCGUGACAAAGCUCAAUUUGGUGGUCUUGCUGCUUUUUAUAACAAGUUUCUCUUCAUGCUUAAAUGACAGAGUUGCAGAGUUUGCUUUGACAAAAAAAGAAGAGAAUGAUUUAAAGGAAGAGAACAGAAAAGAGUUUGUGGAGGAAGAAGAGGAGGAACUAGAUCCUGAAGACUUGGAUGUAUUUUAUCCAACAAAUCAGUGGCAAACAGUUCGGCCAGGUCAGGCUGUUCCUGCAGGAUUGCAUGUGCAAUUAAAUCUUCAGACAGGAGAAAAAUUAGCUAAGCUUCCAGAGGACAGCCAUGGGAAAAGUGACUUGAAGGACCCUUCAAAAAGUAAAAGACUGGGCCCCAUAGAUGUUGACCCAGGUUCAUUUACAACUCAAGAACUGAAAAAGGCUCUGGCUAAAAUGAAGAAAAGCAUGAAGACAGAAGAUACCUUGGAAGAAAAGGCUCAUCAAGAAGAUGUCAGGAAAAGGUUCCGUCCCAUUGAAAAGCUUAAGGAAGAGUUCAGGGAGCUCAAUCUGCACCUAGAAACAGAUUCUGAAAUUAUGAUUAAAUUAAUCAACACAUUCAACAGUUCUGCUUCAACCCUGGAGGAGAAAAUAAGAGCACUUUAUGAUCUUGAAUAUUAUGUUCAUCAGGUGGACAAUGCAAAAGAUUUGCUUUCUCUUGGUGGCUUACAACUUCUGAUAAAUGGGCUGAACAGCACUGAACCGCUAAUGAAGGAAUACAUAUCCUUUGUACUUGGAGCAGCACUAUCAAGCAACCCCAGUGUACAAGUUGCAGCAGUUGAGGGAGGUGCUUUGCAGAAACUGCUGGUUAUUUUGGCUACAGAUCAGUCUCUAGCUGUGAAGAAAAAGGCUCUCUUUGCCUUGUCAUCAAUGCUACGCCACUUUCCCUAUGCUCAGCAGCAGUUCCUUAAGCUGGGAGGUCUUCAGGUACUCAGAGAUCUCUGCACAGAAAAAGGAAUGGAGACAUUACAUGUUCGUGUUGUGACACUUCUGCAUGACUUAAUGGUGGAAAAGCUGUUGCACAAGGAACCGCUUGACGACAACCAUCAGGUCCGCGAAAGGGUUGAGCAGUACAGCCAAGUGGCCUUGGUCCCUGCCAUUGUGGAGCAGGGCUGGUGUGCCAUUAUUUCCAAUCUCCUGAGAAUGCCUGAACAUGACACCAGGGAGAAGGUUCUCAAGACUGUGCACGUGCUGCUGGCUUUCUGCAGGGAGAGCUACUCCCACGAUCACAGCCUCGCCCACACGCUGAGCCUCCUCCGCCAAGAGUAUGAAGAGCUGGCAGCAGAAGAACAAAAGGAAGGAGAGGAAGAUGGCUAUUUUAAGGAACUCCUUAGCUCCAUAAAUAGCAUUACCCAGCAGCUGAAAUAAAGGACUUCUGCAGCCUUGGAGAGAUGUUAAAAUUCACUGGUCAAUUUGGAAAGAGUUUUGCAUAAUAAAACCAUUGAACCAA